AUGUCUCGCGGGGUGAGAGGGAGGGCAGGCGCGAAGUUCUUCGAAUUCGAUGAGGACAUGUCAAGGCAGAACAACAUGCCAUUCCUUCGACUUCGCCGCGACCCUGCACGGACAUCCCUUUUCGCUUGGGCUUCGCGCACACAGAAUGUAUUUCUUUUCUUUCGUCUGCUCGUCGGUGCUCUUCGAACUUUCAAUGGCGGCAAAAAGCUGUGCUCGAUGCCGACCUUCUUUCAGGACCUGCUAUCGACACAUCUUGAGCCCACACCAGUGCUGCGCGCCUAUGAUUCACUCUGCGUAUCCCAACUGCUGGGAAUGACAAGCACCCCAUGUGUUCUCUCUGUAAUGACCAUGUUCUGCCUGGAACGUCAGCUGCCCGUGCGGUCCUUGCGGUGGGAGGGUCACACUUGCACAGUACUUUGGGCGGAAGCAAAUUUGUUCAGCUGGUUGUGGCUCUGUUCUGCACUGUAUCUUCGCCGCUCCGCGGAACGCAUCAUCCGGGCCCCUCAUUGCCGCGCUAUUCAAUUCCCAGAGCGCCAACGCAAUUGGCUAGAGCUUCUGCAUGAAAUAUCACGCAGCUUUCGCCGCCGACGCAAAAGGCCAAAGCCGCCCAUACCGUCGGAUGCGCUUUCGCCGCACCUCCUCCAUUCGCGCUAG